AUGCUUCCGUUGGUUCGUGAGCUUGUUUGCGGAAGCGACUCCGAGCUCCUCGAACCAGGUUGGAGGAACCGGAGCAGCCUUCCUCAAGUCACAAAUUGUGGUCAACAUACUGACUUCUCAACAAUACCCACGUUAUUCCUUGUUGUUUUCUGCCCAGUCCUAAUAUAUGCACUUUACCUUUCUCGAAAUGGUCCGCUCCGUUGUUAUUCACCAAUUUCUUUACGAAUCAUGCUGGGUUCUCUUCUUGUUGUCGAUCUCUUUCUGACGGUUAUUUACGACUUGUAUCUCUAUUUCACCCAAUCACCCGUCUUCGACUAUAUCCAUUUUUAUGGUGACCUCGUACAGCUGGGAGGUGUUUGUCUUGCACUCAUUCUCACGGUCGCUUGCAAAAACAAAGGAAUAAUCACAUCAGGAGUUUUAACGCUUUAUUGGCUAUUAGUCAUCAUUUGUGGUGUCCCAGAGCUUCGAUAUUAUUUGAGUGGAUAUAUUUAUAAGGAGUACAAUGUGGAUUUGUGUCGAUCGACUUUGUACAUCAUGGCUUUUGCGUUGUCAGGAUUGGAAUUAUUUCUGUGUUGUUUUGCGGAUCGUCCAUCAAAUAUGUACAAAAAAGAAAAAUCUUGCCCAGAAUAUACCGCUUCCUUCAUUAACCAACUCACGUUCCAAUGGUUCUCAGAACUCGCCUACCUUGGAAACAAGAAGUCUCUUGAAAAUGAAGACCUGUGGGAUUUGAACGAACGUGACAAGGCGGAAAGCCUUAUUCCAUCAUUCAUUAAUAACUUGAAACCUGAAAUUGAAGAAUACCAACAGAAAAUCAAGAAAAAUCCUGAAGAAGCUGUUGCAAAGAACUACCCAUCUAUUUUCCGUCCGUUAUUUAAAACUUACAAAUGGACUAUUCUUGCUGGUGGCCUCUAUAAACUCAUUUUUGACCUACUUCAAUUCCUGGCUCCCCAACUUUUGAAGCAACUUAUCGGAUUCAUUGAGGACAAGAACCAGCCACUCUGGAUCGGUGUUUCCAUUGUCUGCUGCAUGUUCAUGUCGUCAUUUUUACAAUCCAUGCUGCUCCAUCAGUAUCACCAUAAAAUGUUCCGAUUGGGAAUGCAAGCUCGUUCAGUUUUAACGACUGCAGUGUACACAAAAGCAUUGAAUUUGUCGAAUGAAGCAAGAAAGGGAAAAACUACUGGUGCCAUUGUCAAUUUGAUGUCAGUGGAUAUUCAGAAAAUUCAAGAUAUGGCUCCAAUUCUCAUGCUUUUCUGGUCAACCCCACUUCAGAUUUUCCUUUCCAUCUACUUCCUCUGGAAACUUCUUGGAGUAGCAGUUCUCGCUGGAUUUUUGGUAUUGAUUCUCGUUAUUCCUGUUAAUGGAAUCAUUGCCAGUCAAAUGAGAAAAUGUCAUCAGGAACAGAUGAAGUACAAAGACGAGAGAAUCAAAAUGAUGUCUGAAAUCUUGAAUGGAAUGAAAGUUUUGAAACUCUACUCGUGGGAGAAGAGUAUGGAGCAGAUGGUUUUGGAAAUCCGUGAGAAGGAACUCAAAGUUUUGAAAAAACUCUCUUAUUUGAAUGCCGGAAUCGUGUUCUCAUGGAUUUGCGCUCCAUUUAUGGUGUCUGUCAUCUCCUUUGUUGUCUACGUCUUCCUGGACCCUGAAAACAAUGUUCUCACCCCUGAAAUCACCUUUGUGGCACUGUCUCUAUUUGACAUCCUUAGAAUGCCGCUUGCCAUUAUGGCUAUGGUUUAUGGAGAAGCCGUUCAGUGUUCUGUUAGUAACGGCCGUCUCAAGGAGUUUUUCGCUGCUGACGAGAUACCUCCAAAUAACAGGAUUACUCAUAAAAACAUUGAUUCUGCUAUCCACGUGGAAAAUGGAUCAUUCUCAUGGAGUUCAAAAGAAGAUCAGACACUACAUGACAUUUCUUUGUCUAUCAAACGUGGACAACUGGUCGCUAUUGUCGGGCGUGUUGGAUCAGGAAAAUCCAGUCUGCUUCAUGCUCUUCUAGGAGAAAUGCAUAAAAUUUCUGGAAGUGUUCAAAUCAACGGUUCGGUUGCAUAUGUCCCACAACAAGCAUGGAUUCAGAAUAUGACAUUGAGAAACAAUAUUCUUUUCAAUAAACCGUACGAUGAGUUGGAUUAUGAGAACGUUGUGAAAAAUUGUGAGCUGAAAGAAGACUUGGCCGCUCUCCCCGGAGGGGACCGCACAGAAAUUGGAGAGAAAGGAAUCAAUCUAUCUGGCGGACAAAAACAACGAGUAUCGCUUGCGAGAGCUGUAUAUCAAAAUCCAGAUAUCGUGUUCUUCGAUGACCCACUCUCUGCUGUAGACUCACAUGUUGGGAAACACAUAUUUGAGAAUGUUAUCUCUUCUGCCACCGGUUGCCUUGCCACCAAAACUCGUAUCCUGGUCACUCAUGGUUUGACAUACUUGAAACACUGUGAUAAAGUGAUAGUUCUGAAAGAUGGAACUAUCAGUGAAAUGGGAACGUAUCAGCAACUCAUAAGCAACAACGGAGCAUUUGCGGAAUUCCUCGAGGAAUUCUUAUUGGAGGAGUCUAAGCACCGUGGAAGAAUUGCCAGUGUUGGAGAAGAAUCUGGUGAAGUCGAUGAACUCCUUCGUGAUUUGGGGCAAGUCAGCCCAGGAAUUCUCCAACGUUUUGAAAGUCAUCUCAGCCAGGAAUCUGAACGUGAAGAGAAGUCCGCCAGAGAUUUCCGCUUGGAGUUCUCAAGAGAAAACAGUCGAAAAUCUGUCCUUCUCCACAGCCCUACUAGUAAGGCAGAGGAGACGGAAGCACUAUUAGGAGCUAUCAUGGAAGAGGAUCAAACUGAAGAAAAGGAACAAUUGAUUGAAAAAGAGACAGUUGAAACAGGAAAUGUGAAGUUCGAAGUGUAUCUCGCCUACUUCCGCGCAAUCAGUAUCUCCAUCACUAUCCUUUUCUUUGCCGCUUAUGUUGGUAGCAGUAUGCUCGGGUUGAUGAGUAACUUCUACUUGGCCAAACUUUCGGAUCAUGCGAAAUCCACAACUUCAUCUGGAAACGGAUCAUCUAAUAGUAUCAAAACUCAGUUGGGUAUCUAUGCAGCACUGGGUAUUGGACAAUCAUUGGUUGUAUGCGUCGCUUCUAUCAUUUUGGCGCUUGGAAUGGUUCGAGCUAGUAGACUAUUGCAUGCUGGGCUUCUCAGAAACAUUAUGACGUCUCCAAUGGCAUUCUUCGAUGUCACACCUAUUGGUAGAAUCUUGAACAGAUUUGGAAAGGAUAUCGAAGCAGUUGAUCGCACUCUCCCUGAUGUCAUCCGUCAUAUGGUUAUGACUAUAUUCAGUGUGAUCUCCACACUUGUUGUGAUUAUGUGGGCGACACCAUUCGCUGGAAUUGUCUUCUCUAUUCUGGCUGUAAUUUAUUUCUAUGUUUUGAAAUACUUUAUUAGCACUUCUAGACAGCUAAAACGUCUGGAAUCCGCUUCAAGGUCACCUAUCUACUCUCAUUUCCAGGAGUCUAUCCAAGGCGCAUCCUCAAUCCGUGCUUUCGGAGUCGUCGACAAAUUUAUUAAGCAAUCCCAACAACGUGUGGAUGACCAUCUGGUGGCAUAUUACCCAAGUAUAGUUGCCAAUAGAUGGCUCGCUGUCCGUCUGGAAAUGGUGGGUAACAUGAUAGUCCUCUCCGCUGCUGGAGCCGCUGUCUACUUCCGUGACUCUCCCGGAUUAUCUGCCGGACUUGUUGGAUUAUCUGUGUCCUACGCACUUAAUAUCACUCAAACCCUCAACUGGGCCGUCCGAAUGACAACUGAACUGGAAACCAACAUCGUAGCUGUUGAAAGAAUCAAGGAAUACACUAUCACACCGACCGAAGGAAACAACUCCAUUAAUCUAGCUUCUAAAGCGUGGCCGGAACGAGGAGAGAUCGCCAUCAAAAAUUUCAGCGUCAGAUAUCGCCCUGGAUUAGAACUGGUACUCCACGGAGUCACUGCUCGUAUCGAACCAAGUGAAAAAGUUGGAAUUGUUGGAAGAACUGGAGCAGGAAAAAGUUCAUUGACCCUGGCACUUUUCCGAAUUAUUGAAGCAGAUGGAGGAUGUAUCGAAAUUGACGGAACCAAUAUUGCGGAUCUUCAAUUAGAGCAACUCCGCUCUCGUCUCACAAUUGUUCCCCAAGAUCCCGUGCUGUUCUCUGGAACAAUGAGAAUGAAUUUGGAUCCAUUCACGGCUUAUAGUGAUUCACAAGUGUGGGAGUCGCUCAGAAACGCCCAUUUGGAGCCGUUCGUGAAAUCUUUGGAACUUGGACUUCAACAUCACAUAUCUGAAGGUGGAGAAAACUUGAGUGUUGGACAACGACAACUCAUCUGUUUGGCUCGUGCUCUCCUCCGAAAAACAAAAGUGUUGGUUCUUGAUGAGGCCGCUGCUGCAGUUGAUGUGGAGACGGAUAGUCUUAUCCAAAAAACAAUCAGAGAACAAUUCAAAGAAUGUACAGUGCUCACAAUUGCUCAUCGUUUGAAUACGGUACUUGACAGCGAUCGUCUGCUAGUUCUCGAUAAAGGACGUGUGGCGGAGUUUGAUUCACCGAAGAACCUUCUUGCAAACCAUGAUGGAAUUUUCUACUCAAUGGCCAAAGAUGCAAAUGUUGUUUGA